AUGCCAAACGAGAAACAUUCUAACGAUGCCCAGAGACUUUUGAAAUUGAUAUCAGUCUCUUUUAAGGAAGCUUCGCUCGAUUCGCCAUCUUUUAGGGCAAGCGUCAAUUUUUAUCAUGUGCAAGUAGAAUCAAUUGAGGGAUGGAUUGUUGCUGUUUCCAAGUUUUUACAGAAUAGGUUUUUACCUUCUUUAGGGGACUUCAAACAAAUCAGUGAUACCUUAUAUUCUCAAACGCUACCGCCUCCGGAUUAUCUAUACAAUGGCCUGAUUGAAAAUCAGCUCCACACACCCUCACUUUUGGAUCAGUUUCACAAAGAUUUGGACAAUCUCUCAAAUGAUGCUUUUGAGUUAAUCAGAGGGGACUCCGAGGGCUAUAUGUCGAUUUUAUCGGAAAUGCUGACCCACUGCAUUGAACCAUACCGGGAAAGCAGGAGAAAUUUCGAAUACUAUCAAUCUAAACACGACUCACUUUUAGCCAAGUACCAAAGUGUGAAGGUCACAAAUCCGAACUUAGAGCCCUCUAGCAUACGAGAAGAUGCCUUUCAACUUUUCGAAGUUCGAAAAAGUUACCUUCAAGCUUCUCUCGAUUUGAAAUGGGAAAUAUCGAAGAUGGAAGAAAAUUUGGACGAUCUUAUGAUUCGAGUGGUUGGCGUGAUGAUUCGAAGAAGUGGACAGUAUCUGAACGUUAAACUCAACGAAAGUAACGACAGUGUUUUACAAAAAUACACAAAACAUCAGAAUUGGUCACGAGAAAUUCUAAAAAACAACGGAUCUUUAAGCGAAGACAUGAGAAGGGCCAAGGAUCAAAUUCAACAAUUUUCCAUAAAUCAAUUGCAGCCAUCACGAGAUUUAGAGGACUACACUUUCAAAAAUAUUAGUCAAGCCAGCCUUUUAAAAGAAGAGAGCGUCACAGACAACGCUUUAGUCGAAAAGUAUGGCUGGUUAUAUAUGAAAACUGCUGUGGGCAAACCUAGUCGUCAGGUUUGGGUUAGGCGCUGGUGCUUUUUGAAGAACUCACUUUUCGGCUUGUUUUUAUUGUCGCCAUCAAAGACAAGUGUGGAGGAAACUGAUAAAUUUGGUGUACUGCUAACGAGUGCCAGAUACUGUGCAGACGAGGAUAGAAAAUUUUGUUUUGAAAUUAAAAUUGCCGGUAGCGAUAAGAAUCAAACGACGGGCCGAAACAGCAACGGGGAAAAUAUUUCAGUGAUAUUCCAGGCCGAAACAUUAGCGGAGCUUAAGUCAUGGCUUCUUGCUUUCGAGGGGGCGAAAAGAAGAGUGCUGCAGUUGAAGAACACUGAGUCUGAGUAUAAAAUGGCAUUUUCUCGGUUCCCCCCGACAUUUUAUGAAUUUUCGUGCAGCUCAACUUCGCAGGUCGAUCACUUACUCACAACUUAUGAAAGUGAUGGAAAUUCUUAUAAAUCAAUUCUUCAGAUGAUGGGGGCUGCCUUUUCAGAAAGUGGUAAUGUGACCAUUCCAUUGAAUGCGCCUUUUGAUAUUCCGCUUUUAAAAGCACCCAUAAUGACCAAGCUGACGAAACUAAGUAUACUUUCCUCUUAUUACGUUGAAGCUGAUAACAUUCCAAACGCUAUUAUGGCCAAUUUUUGGGGCAGCGUAAAUUGGGGGAGAUAUUGUUUCGAAAAUCAAGUCAGUGCAUCGACUUCAGAGCCAGAUAUUUCGGCUCAAAGUCCACAAUCAUCUCAAAGCAGUUUGGCAUUUCCAAAAUGGAAUCAGCUCCAAUAUCCCGAUUAUUUCUACUCUGCUAGUAAAAAUGACGAUAUCGAGUUUAGAACCCUCUUCGAAUCAGCUUUAUCUUCAAAAGGCCGAAUUCAAGAUUUAGUACUGAUGAAAUUUUCGUGCUCAUGGUCUCCCAAUACAAAGCAGGGGUUCUGUGGCUCUUGUUUCAUUACCAUGCAUGACAUUUACUUUUACAUGAAUUCUAUGGGCUUUAUCUUUCUGCUCAAAAGGCACCUUACUGACCUGGUGUCUGUAGAGGCCACAGGAAAGACGAACCACGAAGGGGGUGAAUUAAUUGACUUUUAUGAUAUGAAGGGCUUGUCCAUGCGGGUUACCGUAUUUUUCGAUGACGCCAAACUACUUUCCUCGAAAAUUCAGCUUUUAUUAAAGAAUGGCGUGGCCACCGAACCUGGUUCAGAAAGGAGUGUCUUGAACGCGUGGGCAAAGCUGCAGCAAGAUUACGAGAGUUCAAAAAUAAAGGUGGCGCUUGAAGCAGAACGAGCAUCGAAAAAACCAGAGGAUAAAGUUGAAUCUAUAUGGACGUUGGAUAACUCUGAGAAGGAUUUACGACAGCGGCAGCAAGCCUUUCAAAUCAAAUACGCAAGGGUGUUCAGGGCAGACUUUGACAUUUCCGCUACAGGGUUGAUGCACAUCAUGUUUGGAAACAAAUCUCGCACGUUUCCCAGAUCACUACUUUUGGCUGAAAGGUCUGGUUUCGAUAACACGAUAACUCCAUGGUAUAGCCAGAAAGAGAACAAUGAAAAUAUCACUUUUAGAAGAAUUACGUUCAAAUUAAACUCUACCAAAAACUUUCUGUCUUCAAAUGGUCGCAAAGGACAGUUAUCGGGAGAUUCACGCUAUAUUGAUUUGACGCAGAAAAUUACGAGAGUAAAAGAAGGUUAUUACUACGAAGCGGAUCAGGAAUCAGGCCAGUUCCAAAUUCCCUUCACCAAGCCCUUUAGUGUGAGCACCAAAUUCAUCAUUAUCUCCCAGUCUCAUCACAAAUCAAAAUCAAAACAUGCAAAUAACCUCACACGCUCUUGUUCGCUGUUCACGUACUACAAAAUUACAUUUGCAGGCGAGUCACAAAAAACACCAGGUAUUAAACUAAAUUACCUUGACGGAUUGGUCAGAAAAUUAGUAUUACAUUUUUGUCGCUAUGAGUUUAUUUUGUGCCGUAACGUCAUAUCACAGUAUCUUGAUGAAAUUGGAAACCACGGGAAGACCAUAAAAGCCAUUAAACUUUGCGGACAGCUAGGACUUGUGAAAGGAUCGUCGAAUAAAGACCAAGCACCUGCCCAGAUCUCGGUAAGUUUGCCCGAUAACGUUGUCAGAUACUCUAAGGGACCUUUGUUCAGAUUCAUUACCAAAUGGACUCUGUUUUAUGUUGUUAAUGCUAUAUUCACAAUUGUUCGCCUACUUUUCCAUUAUCUGUAUUCUGUUUCCACCAAUGUCGUGCUUAUGAAUCGCACGAUACUUCUAAUGCUACUCUUCUCAGUUAUCAUGAAUUUAAUCCUGUCGGGCCGAACAACAGCGUCAUAUUGGUCUGCCAAAAGAGCCGAAGGUCUUUACAAACAGUUUAUUGAUGAAGGUCGCAAACCUAUGGAACGUGCUCUCUACAUUCGCGACUUGGAUCUUCUUUCCAGCUCUUUGAUUCAAUCAGAUGAUGCCUGCUUUUCCAAAUUUCUGGAAUCAACCGCUCAGCGAACGGAAUCCAAAUAUCAUAAAACCAGACAAGAGUUGGCAAUAAAGAGAAACGAACUCCUGGUAGAGCUUAAAAUUCUCGCCUCCAUGGAAAGAGAAUUAGUUCACGGCGACUUCUUGGUUUUUCUACAGGAAGAAGUUGCGAACUGCCAAAAAGUAGAAACUGAUUACGAAAACGUAUGGAAGAAUGAUUCAGAAUUACAAAAUUACUGCCUCAAAUGCAGAAAUGAAUAUCAAGCGGUCCGACACAUUUUAUGA